UCGUCGUUGUUCGUCCUUUCUUGCUGUUUCCCCGUGAUGUCUUGGAUCGCCCUUUUUCAGCCCUCCUUUUUCCACUGGUUUGUCUGAGUUUUAAUUUGAUACUUUUGCUUGGUUGUACUUUUUGUCUGCGUUUUUGUCAACAGCUUUUUUAUAAAUAAAAGCUCGCCUUCUGUUACGUUGGAACCCCUGCCUCCUCUAUUUGCUUCUGCACCUGGCUCCUUCCCCAAAUCCUGACAGUAGCUACGACACGACCAAAGAAUGGACCCAGCAAAAACAAAUUCAAUAAGUCUUGAUGGCCCACCAGGCAACCUCGACCCAGGUACCUCUGCUGAGCUGACCUCCACAUCAUGAUGCAGCAGCUGGCUACCAUGAUAGAUCAGCUGAUCCCCAUAGAGGCUAUUCUACCUCCACCCUUAGCGCCAGCACCUGUUCCAGCUCCUGACCUGACUGGGUACGCUAUGGAGCCUCGUGUGGGAACGGCCGAAUGCUACACUGCCCUUACCCCGUCCUCCUUGUCACUUCAAGGCCUUCCCGGCCUUCACAUUGUUCCCAGGCCGAGUCCCGGCCGACAUGCUUCCACCUGCAGUCUGGCCCACUCCAUCCCUUCCUACCCUGUCGGCGGCCCGGCUGACUCCAGCCACUCCUGUCCGGUCGGCGGCCUGGCCGACCCCAGCCCCGCCUGUCCUGUUGGCGGCCCGGCCGACUCAAGCCCCGCCUGUCCAGUCGGCUCCAGCCUUGCCUCCAGUCUCGCCAGUCCUGUUGACUCCGAUCUGGCCUGUUCUGUCGACUCCGGCCUCGCCUGUCCAGUCGGCUGCAGCCUCGCCUGUCCAGUCGGCUCCAGCCUCGCCUGUCCAGACGCCUCAAGCCUCGCCUGUCCAGGCGACUCCAGCCCUGCUCUGAUGGGGGUCCCGCCAACACCUGUUCGUGCUGCAGGUCCUCCGGAGCGGUCCCGCAACCCUCCAGAGGGGUCCCACCGCUGCCUACGCCGUCCUCGAGCAUGUUCCUGUCGUCCUCCAGCCCGACCUCCAAAGACAUCUCGUCGUCCUCCAGAGGCGUCUCGUCGCCCUCCUGCCCGUCCUCCAGAGGCAUCUCGUCGCCCUCCUGCCCAGGCCCCCAAUGUGUCCCCGUCGCGGCCUCCGGCCCCGUCUUCGUCGCCUUGCUACCGGGCCGUCCGCCGUACUACAUCAGAGAGGUUCACUGCACUGCCCCCUCCUGUAUGGGAAUGACUAUGAAUAUAAAUAGGUGAGCUCCUCAAGGUAUUACAACUCAUCCAGGCUUGGUAGCUGGUUGAGAAUGUCAAUACCUACAUAAUACUGGAAUUGUAAUUUCCCUUAGUUUCUAAAGGUUACAAUAGUGGAAGUUUUCACCUAGGGUUUAAAUUAUCUUUGGCACCCUAAUAUGUCAAUGUAAGAGUCAAGGAUAUGGCAAAUGUAUACCAUAAUCCUCCCUUAAUGUAACACUUAGAUAAAUCUGGUAUUUUAAACAUUUGAGUAGAAAUGAAUGCUCGCUACUAAGUUGGUGCUGACAAUUGAUGCCAGAUGUUUACAUGAUGAUAAUUGUCUCUGUUUUGUUUCAGAUCACUUUCUAAUUUAAAAUUGUGUGUAAGGGAAAUAGAGUAUUCUUCUCAGCCUCAGGGCGCGCUCUGGUAAUCGAUGAACAAUCUGAACUGGAAAUACCCCUAUUGGAUUAAAAAGCUUAGCUCUAUGCAUGUGCAGCCUGGCAUGUGAAGUGUGCAAAUACAGAACAUAUUGCCUACCUCUUUACGAGGUCAACAUCCAACAAGCACAAUAACAUUUUUGGGACUACCUCAAGGAUCUGCAAGUGGAUCACCAGCAUACCUGGCAGGAAACGACUCAGCAAAUACAAAUAGGAACAGAGAGAACAUUAUCAGGCAGGAGACAAAUCCAGAGACAGAUAUGUGAAGACAACGAUGCGGUUUAAGCAGAGUAGGCCAUUAAAAUUCCAUUUGAAUCAUUGCAAUCUGCGGUAGUGAAAAACUGCAAAGCUGGGUAACACAUAGGGACUGAUGCUGGGAAUGUGUGACUCAAUCCUCCCCUGAAUUCAAAAAUGUUGCUCCUUCCUGUGAUCAGUCAGCCCGGGGCAAAACUGGCACUGCUGGACUGCGCCUUAGUGAGAGAGGGAGAGGUGAGAAAAGGGAAAGGGGAGAGGAGAAAGAUGUUGCUGUGUGUAUUUGAGGAGGGCUCUAGGCCAUGAUACCAAACUUCCUUUGAACCAAGCAGCUGCAGGACUGAUAUAAUAUUUAAUGAAAUAAUUAGAUACACGGAGAAUGCAUUGGUAAGGGAGAGCACCUUUUUUAUGCUGAGGAUCUGGAAAAAUGCAGCACUAAUAGACAUCAUUUGGCGAGUUGCCAUCAUCUCUCAGUUUCUCUUCCUCCCUUCUCUGCGUAACGAUUGCAGCCCAACUCUGAUAUUAAAAAUGUAUGCAUUAAUCCAGAUUUUUUUUUGUGUUGGUAAUAUAUUCCUUUUAUUUAUUUCUGUAGGCAAAGUCUCAUUGUCAGCAGCAUUACAUUCAGUGGUUUUGCAUUCACAUAUAUAUAUAUUAUGGAUGACUCAACUAUUCAAUUUAAAAGUUGGUACCAUAUGUCUAAAGUAAACAUGAUAAAAUUACACAUUGUUUAUUUGAAUGCUGGAUUUUGCCAAUAGGCUGAAGCUGAGAUAUAAAUGCUUUGUCUUGUUUUCGUGUUAUUUGUUGUCUCUGUAAGUUCUGUUUCCAUGGUAAUAUUCCAAUAAUGGUCUUUUUAAAGUACGCAUAAAUAUUAAUAAUUGAGAUAUGAAGUGCUACUACCUACAACUUCAUGUAAACACAUUCUGCAAUUAAUAAAGAAAUGCUAAUAUACUACUUUUUAUAAACUUGCUUUUCGUAUCAUGUAGAAUAUUUGUUGUAAUAGAAAUAAAGUAGGUAUUUGAUUUGAAUAGAUUCUUUGGGCGGUUACGAAUUUCAAUGUGAUGUAUUCCAACGUGUCAACACUCUCAUCAUUUCUGCUUACGCCGCAUCCCCCUGCCAAGCGGUGCAUAUAUCAAAUCCUUACAGAAACCCAUUGCUCAUCUUUCCUUUAGCAAACUACGACACACCAUGCACUGUUACCUAGAAAUUCAUAUAAGAUGAAUCGCUUAUAUCUGAAGUGCAGGACGACUUAGGAGUUGCUGAUGAAUCUGUACUGGUUUACCAUAUAGCUCUCUCUUUUAUAUAAAAAGCAUUAUGUUAUCCUGUUUCUUCUGAUAGGAAAAGCAUUCACAUGACUUUAUGUCUCUCAGUCCAACGUGAUACAUUUAUGAUAUUAUUUUUAAUUAUGUUGAACAUGCAUUAAAAAAAAUACAUCAAA